AUGAAUAGUAGUCGUAAACCAUCAUAUGAUUUUUUUUCAUCAUCAAGUCCUCAUGAUGAAUAUGAACUUAUACAACGUAUUGGUUCGGGAACAUAUGGGGAUGUUUAUAAAGCACGACAUAUACCAACAGCAUCAAUGCGUGCAUUGAAAGUUAUUAAACUUGAAGCAGGUGAUGAUAUUAAUAUAAUACAACAAGAAAUUCUUAUGAUGAUACAAUGUAGUCAUUCAAAUAUUAUAGCUUAUUUUGGUAGUUAUUUAAAACGAGAUAAAUUAUGGAUCGCUAUGGAAUUAUGUUCUGGUGGAUCAAUGCAAGAUAUUUAUCAUAUUUAUGGACCACUUAAUGAAUUACAAAUAGCUUAUAUACUCAAAGAAACUUUAAAAGGAUUAGAUUAUCUUCAUAAAACUGGUAAAAUGCAUCGUGAUAUUAAAGGUGCUAAUAUUUUACUCACUGAUGAUGGAUAUGUAAAACUAGCGGAUUUUGGUGUCGCAGCAAGUAUAACUGCGACUAUGUGUAAAAGAAAAUCAUUUAUUGGUACACCUUAUUGGAUGGCACCAGAAGUUGCCGCUGUUGAACGUAAAGGUGGUUAUAAUCAUUUAUGUGAUAUAUGGGCUGUUGGUAUUACAGCAAUUGAAUUUGCUGAAUUACAACCACCAAUGUUUGAUUUACAUCCUAUGCGUGCACUUUUUUUAAUGUCUAAAUCAGGUUUUAAACCACCAACAUUAAAAGAUAGAACAAAAUGGUCAAUAACAUUUCAAAAUUUUAUUAAAUAUGCUUUAAUCAAAAAUCCAAAGAAAAGACCAUCAGCUGAACGAUUACUUGAACAUCCAUUUCUACAAGGAAAUUUAACAGCACAAAUUGCAAAAGAUCUCUUGGAUAGAUUACAUAAUGGAGCCAUGAAUAAUAUAAUAUCCGAAGAUAGAGAUGAUGAUGAAGACGAUAGAAGUAUCUUUCAAGCACCACAUAAGAUUACAUCAACUAGAGAUGCGACAUCAGCAUCAUCAUCAAGUGUUCGACCUCUUGUAGCAAAUUUAAGUCAACCACCAUUAAUUCGUAGUUCAAUUCUCAAUGAUUCAAUUCCAACGAAAAUCAAUGUAGACAAUUCAAUUAAUGAUAGACAUUCUCCAUUAAAUGUUUCAUUAUCAACAAAAAAUAAGAAUAAUGAAAAUUUUGAACAUAUUCAACGAUUAAAAUCAUUAGGUUUAGCUGAAGAAGAUAUUCAUCAUUUAAUGAAAAAAUUACCAUUAAGUGCAUUUGAAAAUUUAGCUUUAAAUGAAAUUCAACAUAUUGUUGAUGUAAUGCGUGAAGCUGAUGUUGAAGAAAAUGAAGAUUUAAUUAAAGAUAAUACAAUAAAACGAGAACCAAAAUUAACAUCAAAUAUAAAAGAACAAGAAGAAACAAUUUAUGAUCAUGAUAUUGAUACAAAUAAUAAUACAUUAAAACAAAAUAAUGAUUAUGAAAAUAUUUUACCAAUAUCUAAUCAUACACUUCAAAUAAAACAAGAUCAUUCAAUAUCAUCAAAUGGUAUUCCAAGUGUACCGAGAGUUCAUAUGGGUGCUGGUUUUAUGAAAAUAUUUAAUCAAUGUCCAUUAGAAAUUCAUGCUAGUUACUGUUGGAUGAAUACUGAAACGAAAAAUCAAUUUGUACUGAUUGCAGCUGAAGAAGGCAUUUAUUCAUUAAAUCUUAAUGAAUUACAUGAUGCUACUUUAGAAUUGUUAUAUCCUCGACGAACAACUUGGUUAUUUGUUAAUGAUAAUAUUCUUUGGUCAAUUUCAGGCAAAUCAAAUAGUUUAUAUCGACAUGAUCUUUUUUUAUUAAUGCAAAAUAAAAGUACAACUCGAUUAUCAUUACCAUUAAAUAAAUUUCCCAUAUCAGGAAAAUUUGAAAAAUUAAUGCCAAAAAAAUCAGCAGCAUCUAUUAAAAUUAAUAAUACACGUGGAUGUAUUCGAUGUUGUGUUAGUCGAAAUCAAUAUAAUGGAUUUAUUUAUCUUGCUGGAAUGUCAAUUAAUGAAAUAUUUCUUAUGCAAUAUUAUGAUCCAUUAAGAAAAUUUAUGAAUUUAAAAACUGUUUCAAUUUCAAUACCUAUUGAACCAAAGAUUUUUCAAAUAAUUUUUUCACCAGAAAAUCAAUAUGCUUACGUAUGUGUUGGUGUUAGUAAAAGUAAAUCUUCACCAAAUUCAUAUAAAUUUGCUGCAAUUAAUUUUGAAACUGAAAGAGUGGAAAAUUAUGAUGAUGUUUCUCUUCUUUCUAAUGUUUCUCGUGUAAUGCAACAUGAAAAAGAUGCUGAUACAGUAUUUAUUUGUCAAGGAAAUCAUAUAAAUAUUGUAAAUUCUCAAGGUAGACCUCACACAAAUAGACAAAUAUUAUCUGAACUUGAUUUUGAUUAUGAAAUUCAAUCAUUAGUUUGUGUACAAGAUAGUAUACUUGCAUUUCAUAAACAUGGUAUGCAAGGUAGAAAUUUAAAAGAUAAUGAAGUUACACAAGAAAUUUAUGAUCAAACUCGAUCAUUUCGAGUUAUUGGUAAUGAUCGAUUGGUCGUUUUACAAAGUCAUUCAUUUGAUCGGUUACAAUCAUCUAAUACAUUAAAUACAAUACCAUCUGAUUUACAUAUUCUAAUGGGUCAUGAAAAUACAUAA